UUGGGGUGGGGUGGGUGUAGAGGAGAUUUAUCAACCGCUACCUUCACUACCUGUUGCAUUGUGCCAGUUCUUGCUUUGCGCACACAAUCGCGCACACUGGAAUAAACAUUUCCCUUUUCUAGCGGCAAUUGGCUGACUUUUAAUUAUGCUUGCUGUAGUUACUUUUUAUAAGAAACUUUGUAAAUAACUUUCCAUGGAAAAUAUCAGGGUUUAGCUAUGGUAUAUAGAGUCGAUUCGCUCUUUUUUUUCUUUUCUUUGUUUCGUUGUGACCUCUCCAUGCCUCUGGAAUCAAGGGAUCUACCUUUCUCCACACCUUUAACCGGAUAAACUGUGAUUUUCUCAGAAGGUGAGGAUCACCAAGCGCAGACGGUGCUCUUGAGCUUUCACUUGGUACAUUGUAGCUUAGGUUUUGCACUUGAUCAUCGGCGGUCAUUUUUUGUUUUCUUUACUGUUAACUUCGCAACUCGACGCUUUCCCCGUAGUUUAAACGUAGGACCUGACUCGAGUCAAGAUCUGGAUUUUGGUGCUGUCCCGUCUGGGUUGAGGGGGCGGUUGCUGGGACUGUGGUCAUCGAGUUGAUCAGUUAAAACUUAUUUUUAGAUAAUAUGGAUUCGUUACCAGCUAAUACAAAACGAGAUAGCUGAGGAAUAGCGAACGCCUUCUACGCGUAAAUCUGAGGGUCAUUCCUUUAUUGAACUUUUUUUCAUAUUUUUCUUUGAGAGCGCUGAAGAAGUGCCUGUUGUCGACGUUUUCCCCAUGAAGAUGGCGCAUAGUUUGGAGAGGGAAUUGGUGUUGAAGGAGAUGAUGCGCCCGCGGCUGUGCUAUCUCUCCAGAGGAGAUAUCGGCUACGGAUUUCACCUGCACGGCGAGAGGACCAAGGGCGCGCAAUACAUCCGCAAGAUCGACCCCGGAUCCCCCGCGGAACUCUCGGGUCUCCGCUCGGGGGACCGGCUGGUGGAGGUGAACGGAGAAAACGUCGAGAGAGAUUCCCACCAUAUAGUGGUUCAGAAAAUUCGGGCCCAUGAGCACAGGACCAGGUUGCUGGUGGUGGACCGUGAGACGGAUGAGUACCUCCGCUUCCACGGCCUCUCGGUCACGGAGGACAGAGCGGUGGAGAUGGGCUCCCUGUCGCCCUCCACCUCCGUCACGUCCUCUCCGCGCAAUUCAGCCGCCUCGUCCCCCCGUGCCUCGGCCACCCCGUCUCCCUGUGCCUCCUUCACCAUCCCCAGGUUAGAGAACAUGGUCAAGGCGAAGAGGGCCAUGUCACCUUUGCUGAGAGACGACUCGUCUUUGCUGAGGGACGAUUCUUCUUUGCUGAGGGACGACUCUUCUUUGCGGAGGGACGACUCUUCGCCCUCUUAUACUGACUCAAAGGCUGAGAGAUGUAGGGUGGCGGCAAACGGCUCCGUCAUGUACCACGGCAAACAGCAGUCAUCGUCCCCCGUCACACUCACCCCCAUGUCUGGUAACAGCACAGACAUCAGUGGCUCAGCCUCCGACACCAGCGCCCCGGAGACGUCCCCCCUGCCCCCUAAGGACCACCGACCGCGGCUCUGCCACAUCCAGCGCAACGAGCUGGGCUACGGCUUCAACCUGCACAGCGAUAAGAAGCGGCAGGGCCAGUACAUCCGCUGCGUGGACCCCGACUCCCCGGCCGAGCACGCUGGCUUGAGGCCCAGGGACAGACUUGUGGAGGUAAACGGCAUGAACAUCGAGCACCUGACCCACGCGGAGGUGGUGGCGGUGAUCAAGCGCGGGGGCAAGGAGACCACGCUGCUGGUGGUGGACCCGGAGACGGACGAGCUCUUCAAGCGGCUCAGCAUCACCCCCACCAACAAGCACCUGGAGGAAGACUGUGUGGACGGCCCGUUCACAGACGACAAUUCCCCAGAGGAGGGGGACGGAGACACAGAGGACCCCGAGACAGAGGACCCCGAGACAGAGGACGAGCUGUCAGUCGCCCCCUCCCCGAUCACAGCAGACGUCAGGGUGGUGACGAUGACGCGGGUCUCGCCGGCGGCGCCGCCGGUGAUCAACGUGACGGUGAUGGACCCCGCCGGGGUGACCAAUCACGGCUCCCCGCGCCACUUCAGCCAGGACAGCUCCUCCUCCCACUCCACACUCUCAGAGAUGAGCGCAGACCUUAGCAGCUCCGACAACAGCUCCAAGAUGGUAGAUGAGGACGAACGUCCACGCCUGGACCCCUUCUGGCAGAACGGCCUUCGCCUGAGCCCGACGGCUGCAGAGGCGAAGCAGAGAGUCCGCUCCAAGAGGCCCAAGAAGAGAGCGCCCCCUAUGGGCUGGAGUGAGAAGAAACAGCUUUUCAGCAACUUCUGAAAACCAGCAAGCAGAAAAUCCCACCAAAAACCUCCAAAUGCUGACAGAAGAGGCAGAUUUUAUCAAGUGUGAAUUAUUCUUCUCUGUGUGUAUGCUAAUUAUGAAUAUUCCUGACCUGCACCUUUCAAGGUCAAGCUCAAGUUCAGGAUUAUUGUAGCCAUUUCAACAGUCUGAAAAAUGCAUUUGUUAUGCAAUAUGUUUUGGGUUGCUCACAUAACAAAGACAACCUGACCAGACAAAAGCUAAGGAGUGAUACUACUCUUGGAAAAGUUAUGGUGGUUUGUCACAUGAUUGUUAUCUACAAGAUCUCACUCUCUUAUCACCAAGAUCCAGGGAAGCUGACAGGGGGUGACAAAGGAGUCUGUUGUCCCAGGCCCAAUGAGAGACGGGGCCCAAAAUUGGGUCAUCAUUACAUUGUAUGUAUUGGAUGGGGGGGCCUUUCAGAUGACUUUGUCCGGGGAAAAGCUGGCAAAAGUUGUCAGCAGCCCUGCCAAGAUCCCACACUGUACUGGACACUUGUUUCAGUACUAAUAUACGCGAAUUACUUCUUCUGAGCCAGCAAGCAUUCAACCACCAACACCUUUUCACAGAGAAGGCCUAAGCUUGUGUGAAUGCUCUUCUUUGUGUGAAUACUAAGUCUGAGAAUGUCUGAUCUUAACACUUCACUGUGUAAAAGACAUAAUUAUUUGUCACAUAAUGGUUUAUCGCCACUAUUAUAUCAAUGAUAACUGUAUAUCGGAAGAGAGGGGUUUAAAAAGGGUGAAUAUGUUCCUGUCUGUGUGUAUGGUAGUUCUGAAUAUUUUUUAGAUGCGUCUUAGCAUCUCUAUAAGAGGUUAUGUCCGUCCGUCGGUCUGUCUGUCGGUCCGUCUGAAAUGCAUUCCUUAAGUUGUAAUUCCCUCCUGUGUCCACAAGGCGGCAGAGUGCAUAGAUGGACCCAUCUUUGUCCGCCUGUCGGACUUUUUACUUUGCUGUUCACUCCUGGAAAAGUUGAAGUUAUGUCCAAGAUCAUCGCACCACACUUCACGUGUUCAACUAGAUCACUGUCACUCAACAGGGAGCUCUACAGCCCCCCAGGAGUUUGUUUGAAAAGGUUGAGAACCAAUGAACUGGAUACAUGAGAUACCUCCUCUUGGGUUGAGUGCAUUACUAAGGACCGAAAGUGUGGAUGUGCAAGCAAGCCAAAAUGUUUUUGGAUGCAACUGAAAAUGUGAAGAUGAAAAUGAAGAUUCUCAUUGAUCCAGGAAGGACAGGUCAUGUAAUAUAUAUUAAGUGUUUAGUUGUAAUUAAGUAACUUGUCUUCUUCUUGAGCUUAAAGACAUUUCGUUUUGUUUUGUUUCGUUCAUCGUCCAUCAUCAUUUCUGGUCGAAACACUUGUAGUUGAAUGGAGAGCAACUGAAAAAAGAAAAAAAAUGUUCAGAAAAGAGGGAAACAGGUUGUGUUGAAAAGAAAGCAGAAGUAUGUUUUAAGUGUUUUUAUCAACAGUAUGUUGAUUUAAAACAGCCAUAUAGCUUCAUCUGGACAACUAAACAGUGUUAAGUGCAGACACAAUCUGGUGUAAAAUCUAGUGCUUCCUCCAAAGUCACUCACUAGAAGUCACUUGAAUCCUUAACCAUUAGACUUGCUCAAGUUAUUCAUGUGAUGUGAUGAGCGCCAACCUGAUCCUGUGAGAAGUGCACAGUAGAUUUGAGUGUUUUUGGCUUUAAGCAUUGCAUUCAAGCCUAAGGCACCUGCAGAAAAAAACGCCUGCUGAAUGCCUAGGCUCUUUUUGGGAAAAUCUGCCCUCAGUCUAUAAAAACCUAAACAUCCUAGCCUCUGAGGCACACAAAAACAUGAAACAAGUUACAUUUAAAAUCUAGGAUCCUCCUCUUGCUUUAGACUGUGUUCCAGCUCUAACAUAUCCACCUUUUUAAUAAACAAAACUCAAAUGUCAAGAGCGUGGAUGCAGCGUUUAUGCCGUGCCAAGCACCUAGGUCAAUGCAGCACAUACACAACAUCAGGCUUAACUGGGUUAAAGCACAUUAACAGAUACAUUGGAUUCAGCCAUCACUGUACAUGCUUUGAGGACACACUUAAGUCAGUGGUUAAUUCAGUGGAAGUUUCUGUAAGUCAGUAGCGGCAGGCCUGGAUUAAUGCACAGGCUAGAUAUGGCUGCAGGGGGCCCCUGAAUGGCCAUCAGUGAAAAAUAUCAAAAUUGUGACAAUGAUGCAUUAUUGAAAAAUGUACGUAUCUGUUGUGUUCAGUACAGCAUGUAUGUAGACAUGUUAUCCUUAAUUCCUACAGUAACUCGUUAUUACGACACUGUCUAUGUAAAUGUGUCACGAAAUUUGCCUUCUGGAGGAAGGGGACCACAUCAACCUGUAGCCUAGGGGCCCCAUGCCAUCUUAAUCAGGCCACGAGUAGGGGUAUGGAUGUCCCAUUAAGAAUGUCCCAUAAUGUUUCUUUUUUUUAAAAGAUAUUUUCUUGGUCUUUUAGACUUUAUUGGUGACAGGACAGUUUGAAAGAGACAGGAAACGUUUGUGAGGGAGAGACAGGGAAGGGCGGGCAAAGGACCCAGGCCGGAAUUGAACCCGGGUGGGCCGCAUGGUAGAUGAGUGCCCUACUGUUAGGCCACGGUAGGGCCAAUGUAACUCAGAUUCAUGACUCAUGAGUCAUUUAAUGGGUCCGAGUGAUGAUUACCCCAAAUGAGUCAGGAGACGCUGUAGGGUCCACUGCGGUCUGCGUCUGCUAUCAGAAUCUCAUCACUAACAAGACAAACGAGGAGAAACUUUGGAUUUGUUGGCAAGGAAAGUAGGAAGCAUUGAACACGAGGAAGAAGUAUUGAGGAUCAUGGUUCAAGUCAAGUCAGCUUUUAUUGUCAGUUUCUUCAUAUGCACAGGUCAUACAAGGAAAUUGAAAUUACGUUAAUCAUGGUUGGAGCAGUGACAGGAAAAAAAAAGAAAAGCUGAAUGUCCUUUCGGUCACUCAACAGAAGGGUUAUAUUUAUGUUACGUACUUGGAAUGUAGUUUGUGAGCCUUGGAAUGGAAAUGUGUGAACAUGUUGCCAAGAUGGCUGCUUUUGCAUAUUGUGAGGGCAAGCCCAAAUGGUGAAAAAUGGCCAUGAAUGACAGAGGAGAGCUGUAUAUUGUAUUUACGCCAAUGUUUAUUUAAUAGACAAGUUAAACAAAGGACUUUAACAGGACUUCAGACAGACCAAAACCACCAGAUGAGAGCUUGCUGACAAAAAUGUUGUUUUUAAAGGCAAAACGUCAACAUAUGUAGUCACACCGUUGCCAUGGCACUUAAUGAUGUGUGGUGUAUUAGCACUCUGUUGUAUGUGAUCACUUUUCAUGUUAUCAAUAACUAAAUAUUAUUGCUAUGCAUAUCUUUUUGUUUUAUUUUUGUUGUCAACACUCAAAAUCCUUAAUGUAUAGGCCUACUUACUCUGUUUUGAAAUUUGAGAAACAAAGUGAAGCAAAAGAGUUGGAAUAUCGCGUUUGACUAAUCCCAUGCAUCCUAUAACCAUACCUUACAUAUCUUAAUUAAGAUUAUUUUUAAAUCUUUCGAUUUUGCUGACCAUAAUAUUGUAGUGAAAUCCCUGUUGUAUAUUACUACAUCUCGGAUCUGUAAUCCUUUGUUUUCUGAAUUCUCAACAUUGAUAUUUGUUUGUAUUGGGCAAUGAUACCUCAGGUUUCCUCCCAUUUGAAUGUGCUGAUUUUAAAGAUGAUGUGGAUGUGCUAACAUUAUGGUCAACCUAAUGAAAAAAAAAACAA